AUGUGUACUCGUAAAGUGUCCCGUGUUCACCAAGAGCUCUCCGCAAUAAUACAAAAUGUUGCCGAAGCCAAGAAAAUAACGGACAUUGAGUAUAAUGUUAUAUUCGGAUUUGAAGAUGUCGAUUCCUUUGCAUCUGGAUUUUAUAAAGUACAAAUCAGAGGAAAACUAAAUGGUUGUAAAGUAAAUCAGAGAUUAGUAAUAAAAUGGCAUCAUAGUGUUACAGAUCGAGCAUGUUUCAGAGAGGCUUACAAGAGGGAACACAUAUUUUGUAAUAUAGUUACACCAUUUUAUUUGAAUAUUCAACGGACUCUUAUUUGCAAUGAGGGCUUAAAAUACAAGUUUCCCAACUGUAUACUGUCAUCAGUAGAGUAUAACAAGGAAGUGAUUGUGUUUCACAACAUCGAAGGGUAUAAACUUUUUGAUAGAUUCCAAACUAUUGAUUUUGAGCAUGUCUCGUUGGUCAUAAAAAAUUUAGCAAAAUUACACGCAUUUUCGUUUAUUACAUCAGAACUACAUCCAGAUAAAUUUGAGGAGUUUAAACAGCAAUUAAACAAAGACGUCCAAUAUUCAGAGAUACGGAAUAUACCGAAAUCGUUGAUUUAUUACUUUAAUGCGUCUCUCUCUGUUAUAUCAAAUGAAAAAUACAAGGAUAAAUUGAGGAAUAUUUCUCGGCAUAUUGCUUUCAUUCUUAAUAAAUACUCGGCUCCGGCCACAAAAUACAACGUGAUUUGCCAUGCGGAUUGUUGGCACAAUAACAUAUUUUUUAAAUAUCAGGGAAACAGACCAGUCGAUGCUAUCUUUGUCGACUACCAAUUAGUUCGCUUUGCAUCACCGGUUACAGAUAUCUCGUACUUUAUCUACAUGUGCACAGACUUCCAUUUUCUCUCAAAGUACUACGACCAGCUCUUAAACAUUUAUCACGGGACCUGUUCAGCUGUAUUACGAGAAUGUAACAUCGACAUUGAAGAUGUCUAUCCUAGAGCAGUAUUUGAUGAACAAUUGAAGGAGCAUUCUCAAUUCGGGUUAGUCGAAGCCUUGAUCUCUAUGAAAAUUAUAACAGCGGAAUCUGAGGAAGCGCAGAAAAUGACAGAAAUAAAACGCCAGGUCACUAAUGACGCCCAAAUAGAGGAAUACGAGAUACAAAACCAAGAUAUUUUUGUAAAUAGAGUGAAUGGAAUUGUGAAUUUCUUCUUUGAAAGAAAUUAUUCAUUGAAUGAUACACAGUAUCCAUAA